CCGCACCAAGCCGCCCUCCCCAAACCCCGUCCCGUCAAACGCGAAGAAGACAAGCGCAGCAAGUAGGGUUAGGAGGAGGCGGCGGCGGCGGCGGAAAGCGAGACCGAGAGCGGGUCGUCGUCGGAGAUGACGGGCAAGGCGAAGCCGAAGAAGCACACGGCCAAGGAGAUCGCGGCGAAGAUCGACGCGGCGACGACCAACCGCGGCGGGGGCAAGGCGGGGCAGAAGGACCGGCUCGGGCAGGAGAAGGGCGGCCACGCCAAGAUGGAGUGCCCGCUCUGCAAGGUGACGGCCCCCGACGUCAAGUCGAUGCAGAUCCACCACGAGGCGCGCCACCCCAAGCUCCCCUUCGACCCGGACAAGAUCAACAACCUGCACGGCUCCACCGCCGCCGCCGCGCCCGCCGCAGCGGCCGCCGUCGCGUCCUCCUCCAAGCCCAAGCCCGGCGUCCGCGGCAGCCUCAAGAAGACGGGCGAUGAACAGAAAUGAGGCCUCCAAAGCUUCAAGCGCCUCUUCGCAGUUGGUUAUGACUACUAUGUCAGUUUCAUCGGUCGUUUUAAGAUAUUUGGUUGUCUUGUAAUCGGAUAUAUUAUGCGCUCCAGAACAUCUGGGAUGAGUUAAACCGAGCCUAAAUAACUGGUUGCUGUCAAUUUGCUUGCUACCUAGAGUGUGGUAACUGAUGUUGGUUAACUGAGCACCGCACUUUAUAACAAUGAUGAAUAGCUGGGUGUUUGCAAA